AUGGUGCUCUACGUGGUCGCGCUCGCCGUGUCCCCGUUCUACUCCCGCCCGUGCCCGCAGGACGGCGGCACCGGUGCCGUCGCUCGUCUCGCGGCCGCGGCGGAUGGCAAGUGGCAUAAUAAUGGCAGCGCAUCGUCUACCUCCGUGACGCGGCUUCCGCCGCCCAAGGCGCGGCCGAAGCCGAAGCAUUCCGCGGACGACGAUGCCGCACCCACCGGGCUGCGCCACAUCGUGUUCGGCAUCGGCGCGUCGUCGUCGCUCUGGAAGAGCCGGAGGGAGUACAUCAGGGUGUGGUGGCGGCCGGGCAAGAUGCGCGGCUUCGUGUGGCUGGACAAGCCUGUGCCGGAGCUAUACUCCAGGAACGCCUCCUCGGGUCUCCCUGGCAUCAAGAUCAGCGCCAACACGUCCAGCUUCCGGCUGGGCCUCCCGGGCGUGCGGUGGUUCGUGAUGGGCGACGACGACACGGUGUUCUUCCCGGACAACCUGGCGGACGUGCUGUCCCAGUACGACCACACGCAGCCGUACUACAUCGGGAACCCGUCGGAGAGCCACAUCCAGAACCUCAUCUUCUCGUACGGCAUGGCGUUCGGCGGCGGCGGGUUCACCAUCAGCGCCGCGCUGGCGGCGCAGCUGGCGCGCAUGCAGGACGGCUGCAUCGAGCGGUACCCCGCGCUGUACGGCAGCGACGACCGCAUCCACGCGUGCAUGUCGGAGCUGGGGGUGCCGCUGACGCGCCACCCCGGGUUCCACCAGUGCGACCUGUGGGGCGACGUGCUGGGCCUCCUGGGCGCGCACCCGGUGGCGCCGCUGGUGUCGCUGCACCACUUCGACUUCCUGCAGCCGGUGUUCCCGACGGUGCGGUCGCGCACGCAGGCGCUGCGGCGGCUGUUCGCGGGGCCCGUGGCGCUGGACCCGGCGGCCGUGGCGCAGCAGUCGGUGUGCUACGACGCCGGCAAGGAGUGGACGGUGUCCGUGUCGUGGGGGUUCGCGGUGGUGGUGAUCCGCGGGGUGCUGUCGCCGCGGGAGAUGGAGGCGCCGAUGCGGACGUUCCUCAACUGGCCGCAGGUGUACUACAUGCGGCAGGCGCGGCUGGAACGCCGCUGGCGCAACCGCAACACCACCACGGUGACCGAGUACGAGCGGCACCGGGUGCCGCCCGCGCCGUGCCGGUGGCGCAUCCCGGACCCCGCCGCGCUGCUGGACCGCGUCGUCGUGCUCAAGAAGCCCGACCCCGAGCUCUGGAAACGGGCCCCGAGGAGGAAUUGCUGCAGGGUGGUGUCGUCGCCGACGGUGGGGAAGGACCGGAGGAUGACCAUCGACGUCGGCGUCUGCAGAGACUCGGUCUCUUCUUUUUGA